AUGCCUCAGGAGAAUCCGAAGCACCUGUAUGGCCUUGGCUUUGCCCUCGCUCAAGCCGAACAGCACCAGCAUGCCGUCAAGGCGCUGAAGGCGGCGGUUCGAAUCCGACCAGACUACGCGGAGGCCUACUACAGCUUGGGCGCAAGUUUCUACCAGUGGAGCGAGCAGGAGGAGGGCAAGGAGAAGAAACAACAUCUCUUGCUUGCGGAGAGAUCUUUCAAGAUUGUUCUCAGACUCAAUCCCAACCAUGUCGCUGCCUCCUACAACCUCGGCACCACCCUUCAUCGCAUGGGCAAGUUUUCGCUCUCCGUCGACUCUCUCCUGCUGGCUGCCAGCUUAGAUCCCUCGCACGAGGACGCUUAUUUCAACAUGGGAGCCUCGCUCUGGCAGAUGGGCCGCAUGAUGGAUGCAUCCUCGGCAUAUCGUCAGACACUCCAGCUGAAUCCGGUCAAGGCAGACGCUUACUACAGCGACGGCCUCUGUCUGGGUGCGAUGGGGCACCCUGAACAAGCCCAGCAGCGCUUCUCUGCUGCCCUCAAGCUCGACCCCCAGCACGUCGACGCUCUGUUCAACCUUGGGAUCUCCCAUGCGCAAAUGAGGAGGUGA